GUUCAACAUUCAUGGCGAGGGACAAAGUUUGAUAAAGAACCCUCAACAACAUGCGCGCUUGAAGAGUCAUCUUUAUGAGUGUGCAACAAAAAUGGUGGCCCGUACGUGGAUUAACAGCUGUGAGUGACGACCCCCCCCCAACGUGGUGAGACGACAGCACGGGCAAGAUGGAGCUGGAAGAGUUGGCCGAGGCCGUGUCACAGAAGCUAUGGCUACUACAACUCACGCAGCUCAAGGAGGUUGGUGCUGAAGUAAAAAUCCAAAGUGGAGGGGUCAUGAGCAAAAGACUGUUAAUCAAAAUAAUUUCAGAAACAAUGGACAAUGUGAUUGAUGAUGAAGAUGAGGAAGCGGCUAAGGCUUUUCUAUGGAAAUUGCUGCUCUUAGCCCAGGAGAAGUUAGAUAAUCUUGAAAGCCUUGUAAUCGAGAUAAAGCCGGAGAGAGUAGAAACAGUCAGUCCUGCACUACUUAAGGAGGAGAGCGUAGCUGAAUUAGCUGAAAAGAAUGCACAGCUCCAAGAGGAAAAUAGGAGACUGAAAAUGAACAUCACAGCUUCGGGUCAGGUGUUCGCUCCUCAAAAUGCACUGUCUGCAGCAACAGCUAGCAGGCUCCCAGAAGUGACAAUAAGGAAGGAGUUCAAAAUAUCAGGUCAGAUCGGAGAAAAAGGGCAAAAAGACAGGCUUUCAUACGUCAACCUGAUGCACCAAAUAGACAGGGGCCUGAAUAAAAGACACAGCGAAGCUGAAGUGACGGAGGCGGUGAUCAGGUCCAUCAGUCCAGGAUUGAGUCUCCGGGAUAUGCUGGAGAUAAAGAGAGACCUGACCCUCCCCCAGUUAAAGACAAUGCUCAGGGCACACUUCAAAGAGGACAGCUCGACCGAUCUGUACGACAGACUCAAAAAUCUAACCCAGGACGCCAAAGAGUCACCCCAGAAAUUUCUCUUCGGGGCAAUAGAGAUAAAGGAGAGGCUGCUAGCUGCGUCACAAGAAGUCGGGUCUGAGGAGCAGUACAGUCCCGAGCUUAUCCAGAGGAAGUUUUUGAGGUCAAUUAGCACAGGUCUGAGCAGUGACCAUCUCAAAUUCCAGCUCAAGUCAUAUCUGGAUGAUGAGCAAGUGACAGAUGAAGUACUCAUUGACAGGAUGAAUAAAGCCGCUAGUGUUGUGGAGGAGAGACAGUCUAAGCAGAGGAAGAGCCUAGGUGGCAAGAUAGCAAAGGUCAACAAACUCCAGACAGAGCCUCAGACUAGUCAGCAUGGUCAAGAUGCAGGUGAGGAGAGAGUGAGGGUUCAGGAACAGUCCGCCGAGGUGGUAAAGCAGAAGAACCGUAAACCACCACCACCAGCCAGCAGUCCAAGAGAGUCAGAUUUCAGGGAAGAUCUCAGACUUCUUAGAGAAGAGGUAGCUGAAAUCAGGAAGAGCCUCACCAACCCUCCCCCUCAGUAUCGCCAAGCAAAACCAGGUGGCAGGAGAGCAUGUACAGCCUGUCAGCAGCAGGGAACAGCUGAGCAGUGUAGACAUUGUUUUAAGUGCGGACAAACAGGACAUUUGUCUCGGGGUUGUUUAGUACAAAAGAGGCCGGCAGCGAACCCUGAUAGUGCAAAAGUAACCAUUGAGACCAACAUCCCACCAACAUCACCUGUAUCAAGCCAAUCUGCAACAGCAGAGGAGAUGCACAAGCUCCUACGUAACCGCAUCCGGCAGCUAGAGAUGGAAGUGGAGAGGAACAUGAAAACAGGGUCGACUGAGGUUGCCACCUAUGCCAGCCACCUCUCACUACCCCGUCAAGCCAAACUGACUGCUCUUAUUGGCAAGAAGUGCAUGGUGGACUGUUCCUUGGAGGGAGUGGCAACGCAAGCGCUAUGGGAUACGGGUUCCCAAGUCACGAUUAUCAAUGAGAAGUGGAGAAAGUCCCACCUCCCACACAUCCAGCUGAGGAGCACUGAUGAGAUCCUGGGUGAGAACGGAACCAUAGUUGGGAGAGCAGUGAAUGAUACGCCGAUCCCAUUUGCGGGCUGGGUGGAGCUCCAGUUCAAGUUGAGAGCAGACGGGAGUCCUCAGCCAGAGUUACUUGUACCGGUACUGGUCUCCAGUGAGCCAGGGGUGGCAGAACUGCCAAUCAUUGGCUACAACGUGAUAGAGCACCUGGUGAUGGAUGGGAUGGAGCAGCAUCCAGAGGUUACCCCACGGGUGGUCAGAGAAGCCUUCUUCAUAGACUGUAACAGAGCAAGUGUGUUGAUCCGUCUGGUGCAGAGCUGUGACCACAAUGAGAAGGAAGGCAUCGUGAGAGUGGCGAGGCAAAAGACAGUGAUCCCGGCAGGGCAGACUAGGGAAGUUACGUGUAGUGUGAGAACAGGGCCCCUAUCCACAAAACAAGAAGUUUUGGAUGAACGCCACGACGCACCGGUGGAUUGCUGAGCUGGCGGAUUUCAACUUCACGAUCAAGUACCGACUGGGAAAAGUGAAUGGAGAUGCGGAUGGGCUAUCCAGGAUGCCCCUGGACAUGGAGCGCUACAUGCAAACAUGUUCGCAGGAGAUGGAGCCAGACGUAAUUACAGCAGUCACGCAGAGCCUCCAAGUGAAAUCACAUGAAUGGGAGCCCUGGAUGUGCCCAAUCACAAUCAUGUCCGCCUGUAAUGAACCUCAGAAUGAUCGAGUAACCUCCACAGUUAAACAGCUUCCCCUAGAAGACAUUAAAAAAACACAGGAAAAUGACCCAGUCAUCGGAAGGGUAAGA